CUUACGCAUCAUUUUUGGGAAAUCAAUAAAGACAAAGAUUAAACUCAUCGACGUUUUACUCAAUUUGGCAGCAGUAUUUGUCUGACUAAAGAUGGAACUGCAAGAUAUGACGUAUAGCAAAGAUGAAUAUAUUGAAACAGCAUCUGGGAACAAAGUUAGUCGUCAGUCAGUCUUGUGUGGUAGUCAGAAUAUUGUACUUAAUGGCAAAACCAUAAUUAUGUCUGAUUGCAUAAUUCGUGGUGACCUUGCAAAUGUAAGGAUUGGUAGAAACUGUGUGAUAAGUAAAAGAUCAGUGAUCAGACCACCAUUUAAAAAGUUCAGUAAAGGAGUUGCUUUCUUUCCACUUCACAUUGGUGAUAAUGUACUAAUUGAAGAAGAUUGUGUUGUCAAUGCAGCACAAGUUGGAUCCUAUGUCCAUAUUGGUAAAAAUUGUGUUAUUGGACGUCGUUCUAUUCUUAAAGAUUGUUGUGCCAUUGCUGAUAACACAGUAUUACCUCCAGAAACUGUUGUACCACCAUUUACUCUAUAUGGUGGUUCUCCUGGUACAUACACCAGCAUGUUACCUGAAUCUAUGCAAGAUAUUAUGAGUGAUAUCACCAAAAGUUACUACCAACAUUUUGUUCCAGUUAAACCUAAUUAAGAAUUAGAAGCACUGUAAUGUUGUAAAAUGUAACUCUAAUUAGAAAAAAUGUAUCUGGCAGUAA